UCUUCUCCACCCUAGGUUGCAGACCUCAGUCACAUGACAGAAUUCUGCAGAGCCUCAAGUGCCAACAAGCCCAUCAUACAAAAUGCAUUUAAAUAGUACCAAUUCAACUCUGGACAACGCAACCAUUAACAUGCUCCAGAACCAAGUCAUCAUGGUUGCCUUGCCAGUUGUGUACUCCCUGACAGCAAUCAUCAGCAUCCCUGGAAACGUUUUCUCCCUCUGGAUACUCUUCUUCCACAUCAAGCCCAGAACCACCUCGGUCAUCUUCAUGAUUAAUCUUAGCAUCACCGAUCUUGCGCUGGCUUCCUGUUUCCCCUUCCAAAUUAAAUAUCACUAUGGUGGGAACAACUGGACUUUCGGCAGGCGCACGUGCAGCUUCGUCACGGUGAUGUUUUACGCAAACAUGUAUUGCUCCAUAAUCACUAUGACCUGCAUCAGCUUGGAGCGAUACUUGGGAGUGGUAAAACCAAUGACGUCCCAGAAAUGGAGAAGAAAGAGAUACGCGAUUGCCUGCUGCCUUGGAAUGUGGUUUCUUGUUCUGUUAGCCCUAUGGCCAUUAGAAGCGGAAGACCUGACUUUCGAAGUGAAAGAACUGAACAUUAUCACAUGCUUCGAUGUGCUUAAGUGGAAAAUGCUUCCUAGUAUUGGGGCAUGGGCAGCUUUCCUUUUACUGCCCUUCUUCUUCUUCUUCUUGCUCCCGUUUAUAGUGACCAUAAUCUGUUACUUUAGCAUUAUUCGGAAGCUGAUCCAGGCCUCUAAGAAAUAUGGCAAUGGGCAGAAGAACCGAUCUAUCUACUUGGCCACCAUAGUUGUCUUGGUGUUCAUCAUUUGUUUUGCUCCCAACAACUUUGUCCUGCUGGUGCACAUCAUCAGCCGCCUCCGUAAACAGGAAGGCUACUACUACAUUUACAAACUCACCUUGUGCCUCAGCUGCCUCAACAACUGCAUUGAUCCAUUCAUUUACUACUUUGCAUCCAAGGAGUUCUAUCAAACAUUCAUGCAGGUGAUCGGCAAGAAGGUACCUCUGACGGAAAGCUGGGAAAGUAGAAGGGAAAGCAUGUUCUCUGCCAGGACGACGUCGGCAAGAUCAAUGUCAAGCGGACACGCAGAAGGGGUGGCGGAACAUAGACCAUGUUUGCAAAGAAGUGAAAGUGUGUUUUGACACCGGGGUUCAAAUGGGAAGCGGGUGCCAUCUUUGCUCCGUAAAAUGAAACCAUAGCACUGGUGUCACUGAAUGAAGCCACUGCUGGUGUCUUUGGAAGGUAUAGAUAUCAAGGAACACCUUGACUUGCGCACCAAAGGCAGAACUACAUGUUACUGGAGAGACAGGGUGCUGCUCCCCUCAAAUGGCAUUAUUUUUAUUAUUUAUUAAAUAUCCAUCCAAAUAUUAUGUUCUCCCCAAACCUCCCUUAAAAGGCAGUAAGCUAAUCAUGUGAAGAAAUGUCAUCGUGCCAUGCAUUUCAGUGCCUGCCUCAACAUCACCUCGUGAUAUGGGACCAGGGUGGAAAAACUAUGAUAUGAUGGCAAGGGAUAAGUAAUAUAAAUUAUGAGGGACUGGAGUAGAGUUUGAGACAGGGUUACGGCCUUUUGUGGCAGCCCAAAUGUGCUGUAAUGUGGAGUUCUGUCCUAAGGAACCAAUUCUAAAAAGCCAUUCACUUACUG